AUGGAGAGAGAGGCAGAGGCGCGCCGCCAGCUGCUGCUCCACAGCGUGAGCCUGGACCUGCGCCUCGGCACGGCCACGCACAAGCACGGCGGCGCGCGCGCGGCGUCCCCUGCUACUCCAGCGGCGCUCGACAACGCCGGCAGGGAGGCCUUCGCCUGCAACUACUGCCACCGCAAGUUCUUGAGCUCGCAGGCGCUCGGCGGCCACCAGAACGCGCACAAGCUCGAGCGCACCCUCGCCAAGCGCAGCCGCGACGUCCCCUCCUCUUCCACGGCCGCCCACAGCUGGCUCCACGCCGGCGGCGGGGAGCUCUGGGGGUACUCUGCUUCGGCCGCUGCUCCGGACUCCGCGACGAUGGCGCCACUGAUGCGCAUGGGGAUGGGCUGGGCUGGCACCGCAGCGGCCGCCGGGGAGGCGGUGCCGGAGAUGGACCUGUCGCUCAAGCUCUGACGAGCUAAUUUAGCCAGCACUAGAUUCCAGAAGCAAAUGUGCAUGGACAAUUGAUACGUCUAGCCUGUCAACAAAGUACCCCUAGAUAGCACUGUGUUAGAAAUAGAGAUAUAAUCUCAACUAAUGUAAUCUUAAGUGUUUAUCUCCUAUCUCUCUCCCGUAGCAACAACAAACUCUUCCUCAUGUAACGACCUGUAUCCGUGUGAUCAGGUUCAACUUGUACGCCACGGCAAGGGCUUCUUGCCUCGAUCAAUAUAAUCCCACGCGGCUCUCUACGGAGAGUAGGAACGCUUCCCAUCUAA